AUGGCAUGUGGAGCAAUUUAUGGAAAAGCCAAGGCCGUUGAUGGGCACCGGCUCGUUUCCAGGCGACCAAUCCAGACGGUUCCUGGACCGCCGCACUUUUCUUUUGCGAUUUUCCUUUCCAAAAAAUGCGGCUCCAACAUUUUGUCCAACUUUUUCUACUCUACUUGCCGCUCGGUGAGUCGCGGAUUAAUCGAAAAAAAGAUUCAAAUUUUUGUUUCCGUACGGUAGUUUUGAGACGACCAGUUCAAAAAGAAGAAGAAAAAGAAAUGCUUGCACUUAUGAUCGAUAAGCUCUACUCUCAUAAAAUAUCUAAAUCUCGAAUAGUUUUUUUUGGAGACUUUAAGAAAGGACUCUCAAAGAAACGUCAAGAAAAAUAAUGGCACGGGGUUUGGCGAAGCAAGUAUCAGCCAGUAAGCAAUACAAACUGAGAACUCUUCGCCUUUUCUGUUAGGUUCCGUGCGAAGUUCCUAUUAGGUUGCUGAGAAAACGGUGGAAAAGAAAUUCACACGAAAUGCACGCGACCUCGCUUCCGUUAUUAUUAUAUCUCAGAACUUUGUGGCUGGAAGAGAAAAAUGGGAGAAACAUAGACUUUGGUUAACUUUCCAUGAGAGACUAUGUAUACUUUUGGAAAAAAAAACCUGAGAACUCACAUGGAGAAAAGGGCAAAUAUCUUUUUUUUCCGGUACAAUCGGUUUCGUGAGAGGAUCGCAAGUAUAGCUUACCGGAAAAAUCUACUUCUUAUUUUUCUCAGAAGUUGUACAACGUUUUCCACGAAAUAAAAUUUGUGAGUGAACUUACAGUAGCAAAAAUGGGUGAGUAUUUUUUUGUUUUCCGUCUGUACUUUUGUUAAAUGUAACAUUUUGGCCUGAAAGUUCAACCAAAAAAGUAAAAUGAUGUUAUUCACGGUUUGAAAUAAUAGUUUGAACCGGUUCCAAAAAAAUUUCAAAAAAGUUUUUUUCAGUGUUCAUCGAAAUUGCAAAAAACACGAUCAACAUAUAAAAAGUCAACAAAAACAGUGAACUGAUAUAAAUAACUUCAAAUGGAAACGAUUGAGAAAAACAGAUCUAAUACUCCCUAGCAUAGCCUAUGGAUUCGACAAAAUCCCUGUUUUCGGGGUAUUGACUAGAUAAGUUUGUCCAGCUCCUUAUUGAAUCUUCUUUCAAACUUUUCUGACUUGUUUCUUUGAAGCUGCAAGUCAAAAUAAUCGUUUUAACACCAAACUUCUUUGAAGUUUGUGGCCAAAAAAGAAAGUUUUUACGAAGUUAUAAACGUGCAACCAAAAAAAACUCUUUUCGCUAUUGUAUAUUAUUGCAAAAUGUUUUGCUGGAUAGUUGUUGCAAAGAAAGCGAACCUAUACAAUAAUGGAAGCGAUGAAAACUGAUAUGAAAAAAGUAAGGAUAUCGCAAUAUUUUGAGAUUCUUAAAUUUGCAAAUGUAGAGUUUCUCUUUUAGAAGACUGAGCUGGAGGCUUUUGUAGACGUUGUGCGAAAUUUUUAUGUUUUUCAUUUUAGUUACUGUCUGUGUUGUUUAAUGGAAGAUGAUCCAUGCAAGAGGCAGCCUAAAUUUACGCCUAAAACGACAAAAACAGUUUCAUAAUGAAAACUUAAAACAACCUAAAAGAUUUUUUUGAAUAUAUAUAAAACUUCUAAAGGACCAGUUUCAAAAUAUCAAGUAGUGGAAAUGGCAAGACUCGAAACUAAAAUUAAUCAGACUUUCCUCAGGGUGAUUCCAAAGUUUAAGACAGAAGGUUUCACCCCUCCCCUCGCAAACUGAACAAUCACCAGACAAAUCACAAAAAAAUUGAAACUGAAGUUCCCGUUUUACAAAUCCAAUAAAAUAAUAAAUCUGAUAUUUUUCUCCCAAAAAAGGGUGAAAAUGAGGAAAGUUGAUAAACAUUGGUGAGGGAAAGAAGUGGUGGGCGAGGUGUAGCCUAAGGCGAUUUUAAUCAAGUCUCACGAGCUGGCUGCCGCUCACUACGCUGGCGGCCCAAUUCCACCUUACAUGUCUACCUGCCUUCUCGGCCACAGUGUCUCACAACUGAAUUUCCCAAUUUUUGUUUGAGAAAGAAGCAGCUGCAAAUUCUGGGCACCUUUGCUAGACCUAUAGGAACGUCCAAGACCAUUCAAAAAGAACAGUUAGGGAACCCUGGGAGCUUUUGGAGUGAAAUUUGGCAUCUUGAAAUGUGAAAGGUUCGAAAAUUUAUGUAGUUAAGAUUUCGAAAUUCUAGAAUUUUGAGAAAUAAUAACAUUCGUAUUCUUCGUUUCCGAAGUAUCUUUCAUAAAAAUUUCAAGAACUUUCCAAACUGAGCAGUCGGAUUAACAUUGACCUUCUCCGAGUUGAUGAAUGAACUCAAAAUAUUUGGAAAAGCUCUGAAAUUUGUACAAAGAAAUGAGAAACAUUGAAAAUUUCCUCUUAUUGCGAGAUUGAAUGGAAAAAAACCGUGCCACCAUCUAUAAAGAUACAGUAGAAGUAAUAUUGAACUUUAAAAAAAAACAGAUGAGAGAAGUGAUUUCGGUGGGUAUAGACUUAGACUUACAAAGAUCCUUGCAAAGAGCUGAAUGAACAUGAAAUUAUUCCCAGGAGCGUCUGAGUGUCCAUGCGAAGGCAUUGCACUGCCAGGACUCGACGGACAGAAACAUUGCUGGCAGUUGGAAAGCCGCCAGGCGUCGACGUGGGUCGACGGCGACGUCGCCUGUCAAACCGUCGGCGGACAUCUCGGCCAUCCGGAAACCACUGACUUUUCCGCCGUCGUCAACUACGUUCAGGCGGUCUGACCUCCGUCUGAAACCGUUUUUCGUUUUGAUUUAUCCCGAUGAUUCUUUUAAAACUUCCUAAUUUCUCUAUUUUGUUUUGAAAUAACCUUUUUUCAGUAUUUAUAUAAUAUGGAGAAAGAGGUUUUUUGAGUAAGCUUCAGUCCUUUUAGAACAGCAAUCUGCCGGUUCUGACCGGUCUCGUCGCUGGAAACGUCGAGUUGAACAUCUACGGCUCGAUGUGUCCAAACAACGUUUUCUACGACAUCUUGACUUCAGACGAUACCAGCCAGCUGUUUUCCAACGUGAGAAAAAUGUUUUGAAGAGAAAAUAUCAUGUUUUAAGAACGCAACUACUACGUCAGCGUGCUCAUACAUCAAAAGCUCAGGAUCGCAGAUCGUAUUCGACAGUUGCGACAUAGAAGCGAUGGCUCUUUGCGACAGACGUGAACUUUUUUUUUUGAAAAGAUGAGGGGGAAAUUGAGCAGAAAAAACCGAUUAAUCAGAAUUUUCAAUUCUUCUUCGUAUUCCUGUAAUGAAUUUGUGAACGAUUUACGCCAAAACUAGUAAUAAUAUUGAUAAAAAUUUCCAUUCAAAUAUUUCAGCGCUCGAGGAGAACGAUUAUUGCAACAUAAUGGCCAAUUGCUCAACUACAACUAGUUUCGCGUUCAGCACCACAGACUCUUCCACGACGAUUUCAACUGAAGCUCAAACAACGUCUUCAAUAUCCAAGGCCAACACAGACAUCGACACGACUCCUGCAAAAACUACGGAAAAAGUGACCCCUGCCGCGGUGAACACGACAACGACGAAGAAAGUUGGAACGGUGCCUGCUGGGUCUCGGGCUUCGACUACUGAAAAACCUGUGCUCGACAUGUCAGUCAAUUUUUCUUCUGAGAAGGUAUUCGAAUCUGGUGAGCGCUUUGAAAAGCGAUCAGAUCAGAAGACGUGGAGUUUUGUGUUCAUGAAAAGCUCAAGCUUAUUGAAUGCGCAGAAGAACGAGGCGAAGGACCGUAAGACCAUGAUUUCAACUCUUUCGACUACAUUCUAGGACUUCUAGUUUACCAAAGGCAAUUGUUUGUUAUAGCUUCCACCGCCUAGUCAAUUAUAUCUGACUAUAACAACAAAAUAAAUGAUUUGAUUUAUUGAUUGAAUAUUUGAUUAUAUUUUUUUGCAGAGAAACAACCCUUCCAAGCGACCCUGUCGAAUCAUCUUCUUGUUCAUCUGAUGGAAAAUCAGGUUUAAUUUUUCAUUUUAUGCCACUUCGGCAACACCAAUAGCUCACGGUAGAUGCAUUUUUGAGCCGUUCUUCUCACAAAUUUUUCGUGAAAAAAACGAAGUAUUUUAAUCUCAAAAAAAUAAGGACAUGAUCACAACGAAUCAUAUUUGACCAGAAUAAUCGUAGAAGCUACAAUUCUAUCCAAAGUUCACUAUUUCUCUACCUUCACGAUCAACUUUUGAGGAUGUUUGAAGUAUCAAUGGAAAAUACUGGGAAUGUGUGUCGACUGGCGAGCCAUGCUGGCCUUGCUAGCAAUUUGUCUGUUUCUGAUGGCUCUGCUCUGCUGCUGCCAUUGCUGGCUGGACGCCUGUAUGUGGUGUUCCUCGAAACGGAAACGCAAACAGUUUUUUACCACAUAUUUUCUUGAAUCUUCAAAACUUUCAGUAUCGAAGCCGAAAAGCCGAUCGUCAUGCCGAUUCAACCAAUGGCACCAAGAGGUUCUCAAAAGUAAUAAAUGGUUUUUCCAUUUUUUUUUUUCACAGUUAUUGAAGACCAACCUCGUCCAGUGGACUAUUCAGUGGAGCAGAAAUCAAUUGAUCUUCCUCCACCGCCAACAACUUUCAGCGAACCUAGUUUUUAUUACUUUUUAGGAUUUUCACAGUAUCUUUUCAGUUUUCAUCCCUGUACCUGAAAAGCACGAGUCGGUGUAUGGUUUCCACACAAAGGAAAUUCAUCACAUGUAUCCCGAAAAGAAAGAAACUCGCGAUAUCGGUUUUUUUUGAAAUCUUAUCUCUCAUAAUCAGUCUAAGGUUUAAGGGGUCAACACGGACCCCAUGGACAUCAAGCCAAUAAUGCAACCUGCAAUCAUUCCAGUCAAAGCACCAGAAGCCAGAAAGAAAAAACCUAUUAAAGUGAAAAAACUUCCAAAUUUCAUUAUAAACAUUUUUAAUCAGAAGCCAAAGAUGAUGUUUAUUCCGGCAACGAUCGACGACAACAUCGAAGAUGAUGUUCCUUUGGACUUUCCUCAUCCUCAAAGUCCUGGUAAAAAUGAAAAACCAAAAAUAUGUUGCAAGUUCUAAUCGAAGGUUAGGUGAACAGAAAAAGCUGAGAAAAAAAACGAAUGAAGUCUAUAUACUGACAAAUGCUUUCGGAUAUCUCACAAAUCCUCAUUUUUCAAUUUUGAAUACAUUUAUUUUUAAGGCAACGUCUUCAUUAUAAGAAGCACAUUUGAAAAAAUUCAGGAAACAUAUCGGUGGCGCCGAAAGGAGAUCUCUUGCCUCCUGUGAGCUUCACACGCAACCCCAAACCAUUCCAACCAGAGCCUCGAAAUUCCUCUCCUCCAAAAACUCACGUCCUCUCGCCUCGAAAAGAACCGAACUCACUUCUUGAGACUCCCAAAGAAGACUUCAACUCAAACGAUGAUCCUACACGGAUCAAGUAACAAAAUUUUGAAGGAGGAUGUUCCUUAUAAAGACGUUUUUCAGGUCCCCACCUCUAAAUUCAGGGCCCAAACUUCGUGAAGGAGCUGCUCCUAGACCCAUAACGUUUUCCUAACUCAAAAAUGAAGAAAAAACUGAAGUAUCAGGUUCUCUCCCAUCGCUGACGAGUCGGAUGAUGAACCGGCCAAGAGAAUUCCGUCGCCACCUCUUGGAAAGAAAAGCAUCCCACCGCCGGUCAACAAACCCAGCAGGAGUGCAAAGUUAAUGAAUUUUCUUGCAAACUUUUUUGAAUACCUUAGUGUAUCCUUCCUGAAAAAAAAGGAAAUUCCAGAGUGAGCCCAGUUCCCAUAGAUGAGCAAGAACCGAUGUUCGAUGAUCCGAAGGAAGAAACUGGCAACUCUCAAAGACCUUUGAAAAACAAUAGGUAAACCUUUCAUAAGUUGUUUAUAAAAGUUGAGAGGAUUUAUUUUGAGAGAAAAGAAGAUGAUUCAUCUCUCUCAUAGAAAUUCGAAACAAUUUGUUUUCAAAAACUUCUCAAUUUACGAGUAGAUCAUGCAAUAGAUCUAUUCCACUUACUCACUUUUUUCGCACAUACUUUUUUCGCGUGUUUGGGGAAUAUGAAUGAUGGAAGAAGCUCUGAAUAUUGGACUAACUGAGGAUUAUCUCCGUAUUCAUUUAAGUGCGCAGAGGAUUUCGCAGGUUUUUCUUUUGAUGUCCACAUAUGUGGGCGAAAGCAUACUAGACUUUUGCACAAAAAGCAAAAUAUUGCUUCCACAAGGCUUUCGGAGCUCUUCAUGAUGAGGAAUUGAUUGCGCAGUUUUGACGAAUCGCGAGAAAGUUUUAUGAGUGUAGUAGGGUUUUUUUGACGAUGCAAGAAACUUCAUGAAGGCACCUGAAACGGUUUUUCUUUGAAUGAUCACAUUUUGGCAUUUAUUUUCCAGUCUGAAAUGGAAAAAACCGACCGACAAAGGUUCACGAUGAAGUCGAGCAAAAUUCUUUUAUGUCGUAAUAUUUCUGAAUCUCGGAGUAUUUCUAUAAAGUCAUUUCACCGCCAACUCGCGUUGGGACUUUUUGGAUAAAUCUGGGCUUUGUAAGGUCGCCUAUCUCAACCAAUUUGUUAAAAAAUAUUAGAUAGAAUGCAAAAAUAAUCAAGCGCAGACUUUUUCAGAACGAGCCUUGGGGGAAUCAUGUCACAAACUGUCUUAUUUUCUUGUAAAAGUAUCAUUUUUCUGGAAGUUUAAAAAAGGCUCUAUAUAAUCAUUUCAAAUACUACCAUGAUGUCUCAAGACGUGGUAGCGUAGACUAAGCCCCGUGUAGACUUUUACGACCUCCCUCUUAUCAGUUGUAAUUCAAAGUCCUUGUUCAGCUCGUCAGACGGAAAAGCCAAAGAUCAGCCUCGCAAUCCGUUUGCAAAUUUUUCUUCAACACAAGAAAAUGAGGAGACCGAAGAAAAUGCGAGCAAUUUGUUCAAGGCUCCUGGCGUGGGUAUGAGAGCAGCUCGAGGAAAACUUGGCGGGGUACGUAGUUUUAUCCAUUUUUCAACUUGUUUGUCUCACUUAUGAAACUUACAGGCAGUGAGAGCUGGCGGAGGUGGAGGAGAAGCACCUCAAGGAUGGAAGCCGUGGGCGAAAAAUAAAUGA